GCCCACUCUUCGUGCAAAAUUGCACCCACCCAUUUAUUAUUUUCGUCUUCUCCUCUCUCUCUCUUCCCUUUCACAGCUUCCUCUUCUUUCUUUGUCUGUUUCUUCUGCCUCCCUUUCACACUUCUUGUUGCUUAAUUUGCUUUACCAAGUCCACUUUCUGACAUCUAAGUCUCCAUGUCGGGCUUAUAUGCACAGAAUUUUUCACCUGCUCGAGCUUUAUCUCCCCAUAUAAGAGCCGCCCCUGAUGUUGAUAGUGGUCAGUAUUUGUCAGAGCUGUUGGAAGAGCAUCAAAAGUUGGGGCCUUUUAAUCAGGUUCUUCCUACUUGUAGCAGACUUUUGAAUCAAGAGAUAUUAAGAGUUUCUGGGAUGAUCCCAAACCAGGGCUUCAGUGACUUUGAUAGACUGCAGCGUGGAAGCUUAAGUCCUAUGGCUUCUUCAGAAAUACUGGCUAGUAAUAGGGGAACAGGCAUGGUUGGGUGGAAUGGAAUGCCACAAGAGAGACUGGGAGCACAGGGGAUGAAUGUUGAUUGGCAAGCAGCACCAGCAAGCCCAAGUUCCUAUAUUGUGAAGAAAAUCUUGCGCUUGGAUAUUCCUGUUGAUAGCUAUCCAAAUUUCAAUUUUGUCGGCCGGCUUCUUGGCCCAAGGGGCAAUUCACUGAAGCGAGUGGAAGCUUCUACAGGUUGCCGUGUGUACAUUAGAGGAAAAGGUUCAAUAAAAGAUGCUGAGAAGGAAGACUCAUUGAGGGGAAGACCAGGAUAUGAGCAUCUGAGCGAUCCUCUGCACAUUUUAAUCGAAGCUGAAUUACCUGUCAAUGUUAUCGAUAUGCGAUUGACACAAGCACGGGAAAUCAUUGAAGAACUGCUUAAACCUGUGGAUGAGACACAUGAUAUGUAUAAGAGGCAACAGCUGAGAGAAUUAGCAAUGCUGAAUUCAAACUACAGGGAAGAGAGCCCUGGGCCGAGUGGCAGUGUCUCUCCUUUCACUUCAAGCGGAAUGAAGCGAGCUAAAACCGGUCAAUAAUACUUCACGAUACCAUCUCCUUCCUUUCCGGUUUCUCUUAAAAACUCUCUUUGAAUAUUUGUUACCGCUUAGUGCUUCACAUUACAUGUCAAUGAUCCUGUAUAGCUGCAAAGAAGUUGUUUAAAGACCUGGCUGGUAGUUCCGAGUUUCGAGUUGGAUUGUUUAUUGAGUAAUAUAAACUUUAACAAGAGAAUGGUAAGAUAGAAAUUCAUUUGUUACAGCUUUUGUCAAAAUGUAAUUGCUUGCAGGUUAUAACAAUUAUUGAAUUUAUUCUGUAAUUAACAUUAAUUUUUUUUGCUGGACUAGUUUGUAAUUAUAUGGAUGCAAGGACUUUGGUGUGAUUGUUACCAUCAUUUCUUUCA